UGUCGUCAAAUAACGCCAAUGACGUCCUAUAUCGGCAUCUCUUUUACGACGUGUCUAGUCUCCUUGGUUGACAAAAAGUUGACGAUAGAUAACCAAAAGACAAAGAUUUAAAAGUGUCCGUGUACUUAAAUAAGUCGGCACAUACCAGUCAGUAUUUUUGAAGCUGUCGAAAGGUAAAGUUCAAUGAUGAAACACAUAUUUCGGAUAAAGAAAUCUUUCUUUGCUAUAUGUCUCGCGCUUGUCCUUCACUUUCACCAUUCCCAUGCCCAAAACAAUUCAUCAUCCGUAACCAAAUUUUCGGCCUCAUCGAUCGAAAAUUCCAGAUCUACAGCUCGUAUUUUCACGACGUCUUAUGUUCCAAUAACUUCGCCAGCUGUAGUUAUUGACACGACUACAUCGCAACCAAUUACGACUACUAUAUUUACUCCUCCCACUGUUCCGUGUAUUGGAGAUUCUUGUCCGACGACAGUAACAUCUACAUCAACUACGCCGGAAAGCACCACUACUUACAAAUCGACUUCCACAACUCACGAUACCUCGUCUACCAGUUCUUCUGAAUCAACUACAGAAAUAACAAGCGUGACCUCUUCUUCAUCCGAAAAAACAACAGAAAUUACUUCGCCUACUACUGUAACUGACACAACUUCUAUGAUGACCUCUGAAACGCCAAUUGAGAGCUCUUCGUUUAGUUCAACUUUUGAUUUAACGUCUUCUUUUAGUACAUCAACAGAAAUUGCAUCUUCUACAAGUUCAGUUACAGAUAGUACAGAUUCUUCUGGACUGAGUACGGAAACAACGACGUUCACGAGUAUUUCAUCAUCAACGGAUGGUUCAACAGAAGCUUCUUCCUAUUUUACCACAACCGAUGUGACAUCUACUGUAUCGUCUUCAACGAAUCUCUCAACAUCAUCAAAUACGAUUACAGACAACACAUCCCCCGAUUUUUCUGAAACAACGGAACUCUCUUCGUCUACUACACAAGAUAGUUCCACGACUGAUGUUACUCCGCCUCCCACCAUAUCAACUGAAGGUUCACCGACAUCAAGUACAAUUACGGAAAUCUCCUCCACCGAUAUAUCGACCACAAUUUCUACAUGGCAGUCUUCUUCGUCGACUGAAAUGUCUACCGAAACUUCGUCUUUUAGUCCAACAUCUGAUUUUACAUCCACCGCUAUUUCCUCCACUGAGCUUCCAUCGUCAUCGACAAUAGAGACUUCAACGUUUUCAACAUCCAUUGAACCAACAUCUGAAGAAUCCAACGAACCGUCUUCCGUUACCACCAGUCCUGAUGCGACUUCCAGUAUAACAUCCACGGUUGAAACUCCAUCACCAUCAAACACAUCUCCAUUAUCCACUGGAGUUUCUGAAAUGACAACAGAAAUAACAACUUCGACGGAGCUAUCCUCUACCGAGCUUUCAACUGAAAUAUCAACGGAAAGCUCUUCGUUUAGCUCAACUUCGGAUUUUACGUCUUCUACCACAUCAUUGGAACCUUCGUCGUCCAUUACAAUUACAGACACCUCGUCCACUGAUUUUUCACAGACAACAACAGAAAUAACAACUUUUACAGAAGCAUCCUCGUCUUCUUCGGCAUUCACAACUGAAAUAUCAAGCGAGAGCUCUUCUAUUUCAUCAACCAUGGAUUCUUCUUCUAUUACCUCGUCAUCAGAGCCUUCCUCUUUGACGAGCACAGUUAUAGGCUCCACAUCAACAGAUUUCUUUGAGACAUCAUCGGAUAGUACUUCAUCUUACAUUACAGUAACAGCUGAAACUUCAUCUGAAGCGUCUUCCAUUAGUUCAACGUUUGAUGUUACUUCGACUUCAUCAGCUGAACCAUCAUUUUCUUCGUCAACAGUGACGGAAAGUUCAUCCAGUGAUGUUUCAAAGUCAACAGAAAUUACAACAAUCACAGAGACAUCUUCCACUGAGACAGUGGAAACAUCCUCCUUCAGUUCCACAUCUGACGCUACAUCCUUCAUAUCAUCAACCCCAUUUUCUUCAACCACGAUUGCAGAAACUUCGUCCACUGAUAUGUUGACAACUGAAACAUCAACCUGGUUCUCUUCAUCGUCAACUGAUGCAACAACAGAAGUAUCAACAGAGAUAUCUUCUUUUAGCACAAGUCCUGAUUCUACGUCGUUAAUGACUUCAUCAACAGAGUAUUCAUCUACGUCAAGCCCAUAUCCUUCAUCCACCGAUACUUCUACAACAGAAAUCACAAGUAUUACGGAAUCAACAACAGAUGUGACCACUGACAUACCAACAGAAAGCUCUUCGUUUACUCCAACAUCUUUUACAUCAUCUACCGACCUUUCGUCAUCGACUUCACCGACAGACAGCACCCAGUCUUCUGAUGCUACCACAGAAACAACAAGUUUCUCGUCAACAUCGACAAUGAUAUCAACUGAAUUACUAACAGAAUCGUCUAGUACAUCCCCUGAUAUGAGUUCUUCAUCUUCAUCAACUGAGAUAUCGUUAUCAACGAAUACGGAUCAAGCAUCUACAGAGGCGAAUACAGAGAUCACAACCUCGCCCUUCAGCACUGAAAUAACAACAGGAAGCUCUUCCUCAAUUUCUACCACAGAUUUUAGUUCAUCUCCCACCUGGUCAAGCGAACCUUCAUCAUCGUUUAGCUCGGAUUCAACAUCCACGACGUUUUCUGAAGUGACAACAGAAACCACCAUUACAGACCUCUCCUCGUCUUCCUCCCAAGAAGCAACAACAGAAAUUUCUACUUCCAUGAGUUCAACAUCUGUUUUUACGUCUACCUCCCAAUUGUCUUCGAGUACAGAAACCUCCGUCAGUGACAUUACUACGGUGGAAACGACAUCCUUUACAUGGCCCUCAUCGACUGAAGUAACAGCAACACAAAGCUCUUCUGCCAGUUCCACAUCUGAUGUUUUUACUUCUACUUCUUUCACUGCAUCGUCAUCAAGUUUCACAACUAUAGAUUCAUCGUCUACCGAUGUUUCCCAGGCAACGGAAUCAACCAUGUCUUCUUCAUCAGACUCUACGUCAAGCAUAAUAAUCGAAACGACAUCAACGAAGCCUUGGUUUUCUGAGUCUACCACAAAAAUUGAUACGUCUUUACAUACAACCGAUGACUCUUUAAGUUCUACAACGGAUUCUACUGAAGCCAUAUUCACGAGUUCUACAGAAAUUAAUCCGCCAACAAGCGUUGAAACUGGCAGCUCUAUUUCUGAGAUGUCUAGUACCGUGGUAAAUCCAACAGGAGAUCCAAAUGAAAUCGACGACCCAUCUAGAAAUGUUUUCUACGCUGUUGUUGGUACCCUUGGAGCAUUGCUUUUGUUACUCCUGUUGGUUUUCACUAUACUCGCCCUUACAUAUGCAAGAAAGAGAAAAAACACUCCUCUCCUGCCGGUUACGGUUACCCAAGUAGCAGCGAGCGAAAACAGCUACGGGUCGCAAGAGGGAAGAGUUCGCGGAUUAUUACGUACCCCUUUGCAUGGUUACUAAUGCGAAAAAAAAAUACAUCUUCUACGCGUCAUUUACUAUCACGGAGCCAUUGUGAAAAUUUGCCUUUUUUGAAUUGUUGGUCACCUAUAAUCCCCACUCAAAAUCAUAUUUAAAGCUCUGCUC